AUGGUCUAUAAACUCUAUUCUAAGAUUCUGACAACCAGACUUGCCAAGGCCAUAGGAUCUAUCAUUGGGCUUAACCAAGUUGCGUUCAUUCCUGGACAACAAAUACACAAACAUGUUCUGCUAGCCUAUGAACUCAUUAGAGGUUACGCUAGAAAACACGGUACGCCUAGAUAUAUGAUUCAGCUUGAUUUGCAGAAAGCCUACGAUAUGCUCAAUUGGAAACCUUUAGAUACCAUUCUUCGUGAGAUUGGGAUCCCCGAUCAAUUUGUGAAAUGGAUUAUGAAUGGUGUUACCACAUUUACUUACGGAUACAAUAUCAAUGGUGAGCACUCCAAGUUAAUGCAACUUCAACCACCACCAUUCUAA